AGCGGAGAGAAAAGAACCACUACUUCCUGUCCCCGAUCCAAACACAUGUACGUAUGCUAGCAGUUAGCUUUGGCGAAAAUACUUCUUAAGAGUGGCAAUAAGUGCCACUGAAGAUGGUUCACAUCACUAGGAUCUGCUUACGGAAGUAUGGAAACUUUGUUGACAAUCUGCGGCUGUACGUCCGUGGAGGCAGUGGAGGGAUGGGUUUACCCCGCCUUGGAGGACAAGGAGGGAAAGGGGGAGAUGUUUGGGUGGUGGCGACGAAGAACAUGACCUUAAAAAGGAUAAAGGACAAAUUCCCACAAAAACGUUUUGUAGCGGACGCAGGAGCCAACAGCGGCGUUCGAGCUCUGAAAGGAGAAAGAGGGGCAGACAAGGAGAUCCUUGCUCCUGUCGGUAUCACCGUCACCACUGAUGAGGGCAGAACACUCGGUGACUUGAAUGUGGAGGGCGAUCGUGUGAUGGUGACAAAAGGAGGAUCAGGAGGCUCGCUGUACUCUGCGUUUCAGCCCAGUAAAGGCGAGGCUAAACACAUCAGACUGGACCUCAAGCUUAUAGCAGACAUGGGCCUUGUGGGGUUCCCGAAUGCAGGAAAGUCCUCUCUGCUGACAGCCUUGUCUAACGCCACACCUCAGAUUGCCAGCUAUGCUUUCACAACCUUAAAACCAGAGAUUGGCAAACUGAUAUAUGACGAUUAUAAGCAGAUUUCUGUUGCUGAUCUCCCUGGCUUGAUUGAGGGGGCUCACAUGAACAAAGGCAUGGGCCACAAAUUUCUGAAACACGUGGAGAGGACCAAGCAGCUGUUAUUUGUGGUCGAUGUUUGUGGUUUUCAGCUGGCAAGUAAAACACCGUUUAGGUCAGCCUUCGAAGCUGUGCAGCUUCUAACCAAGGAAUUGGAGUUGUAUAAAGAGGAGCUGUUGUCAAAGCCUGCAUUACUGGUGGUGAAUAAGAUGGACCUGCCUGAUGCUGAGGACAAGCUAGCAGAGCUGAAGGAGCAACUACAAAACCCAGCAGAGUUCUCUGAUCUGCUCCCUGAAGAUAUGAUACCACAGAACUAUUUGACCUUCAGACACAUGGUUCCCGUUUCUGCAAUCACCGGGUUUGGCAUCAGCCACCUUAAGAGCUGCAUUCGACAGUCCCUCGAUGAAGACGCAGCCUUAGAAGUUAAAGCCACUCAUCGAGAAAAGCUGCAAGCACUGAGGAAGCAGUCACAAGGACGUGCGUGAGUAACGUAGACGACAUCAAGCGUCAUCACGCAGGACUUUGCAGAUAAACAUCCUCUACCACGAAGCUCCUGGGAGAGCAAAACCACUUCAAUUGAUAGAAGUGAUGGAGGUCUCUGCUUGGAGAUGAUCAAAUUCUCACCGACUGAUGCAAACUCCAUCUUUAUUUAUUUAAAAGUGAUCUGUUGUAUAAGACUGAUAAAACUUUGUGAAUAUCAUAGAAAUUCACAGGCUGGUGCAUAAAAGGAUUAUAGUCAAGAUGACUACAUUAAAUGAUAAAUACAA